GUGUGUGUGUGGGGGGGUAACUCCGCUCAGUCUAGCCUUUAUUUUGUAACCGGAAGUUGUCCUGACUCUAAUGUAUUCUGGGGAACUUGACUCCUACAGCCGGAAGCUUCGCAUCAGAGUUCUCUUCGCGGUUUUUUUAUUCUUCCUUCAAAGCGUCUCCACUUCCGGUUUUUGUCCUGGAAGCGUUUCCUGUCAGACAGCAGAAAUAAAAAAGCUGUUCUCGGUUUUUGUUGGGUUGACGUGUUGGACCGACCGCGCUCCUACGCUGACGUGGCAGUGGAAGCCCAGCCCCUCACGAUGACGUAUUUCCGGAGUCCUCUUCUCUUUCCGGUGCAGCAGACAUGGCGCCUACCAUCCCGCUGCUGGCAGUGCGAGGCUCAAACGGAACCGAGCUGCUGUGUGGACCCCCCAGCUGUGAGCAGCACCCCGUCCUCCAGAGGGACAGCCGACCUGGCAGGAGCUUCACCUUCAGCAGAGAUGGGACUCUGUUCGGAUGGUGUAAUGGGCACAGCGUCUCCGUGGUAAAGGCCUCAGGCGGCUCGCCGGUGUCGUCCCUGGACCUCCCAAAGACGGCUCUGCUGGACUUCUCUCCGCUUGGCGGCGUUCUGGUCACCUGGCAGCCAUACAGCAAGACCGCGGACAGUCCUCAGGGGGAGGCCAACCUGCAGCUGUGGGAGGUGCAGAGCGGCCGGCUGAUCAAAGCGCUCUACCAGAAGAAGGUGGAGUCCUGGUGUCCCAGCUGGUCUGAAGAUGAGAAGAUCUGCGUGAGGAGCGUCAACAACGAGCUGCACUUCUACGAGAACAACGACUUCAGCUGCAUUGCCAACAAGCUCCACAUGCAGAAAGUGUCGGACUUCGCUCUGUCUCCUGGAGACCAGCCCAGUAAGGUGGCCGUCUACGUCCCGGGCAGCAAAGGGGCGCCGUCAUUCGUACGGCUGUACCAGUACCCGGCGCUGGGGGGGCCCACAGCGGCGCUGGCCAACAAGAGCUUCUUCAAGGCGGACCGCGUGUCCAUGCAGUGGAACCGGAAGGCGUCGGCGCUGCUGGUGACCACGAGCACCGAGGUGGACAAGACGGGAGCGUCGUACUACGGGGAGCAGACGCUGCACUACCUGGCGGUGAAUGGCGAGACGGCUGUGGUCCAACUGUCAAAGAACGGGCCCAUCUACGACGUGGCGUGGAGCCCCAGCUCCGGCGAGUUCUGCGUGGUGUACGGGUUCAUGCCGGCCAAGGCCACCGUCUUCAACCUCAAGUGCGACCCGCUGUUUGACUUCGGGACGGGGUCCAGGAACGCAGCGUACUACAGCCCUCAGGGCCACAUCCUGGUUCUGGCCGGCUUCGGGAACCUGCGAGGGCAGAUGGAGGUCUGGGAUGUGAAGAAGUAUAAACAGGUGUCCAAACCUCAGGCUCCUGACGCCACGCACUUCUCCUGGUGUCCUGACGGCGAGCACAUCGUCACGGCGACCUGCUCGCCCCGCCUGCGGGUCGGUAACGGCUAUAAGGUCUGGCACUACACCGGUUCUGUCCUGCACCAGCGGAGCACGCCCGAUGGCGCUGAGCUGUGGGAGGUCCGCUGGCAGUCCUUCCCCAGCGGCGCUUUUCCUGAGCGACCCGUCAAGUACCAGGCAGUGCCCAGCGAGCUGGGAACCACGCAGGCUCCGCCCACACAGGCGUACCGCCCACCUGCACUCAGACACCUGCCGGCCACGGCCAGCUCCAAACUGCACGAGGAGGAGCCUCCUCAGGACCUCCGCUCCGGACCGCAGGCGGGGAAGGGGCCGUCCAAGACGGCUUUGAAGAACCAGAAGAAACGAGAAGCAAGAAAGGCGGCCAACCAGGACGCCAAACCUGCAGCGGUCAUCUGCAGCCCGCCGCAGGCGCCCAGUGACGACCCGGAGAACGACAAGAAGGUCAAAAACCUGAAGAAGAAACUAAAGGCCAUCGAGGAGCUGAAGGAGCAGCAGCAGUCUGGGAAAGUCCUGCAGAAGAACCAGCUGGAGAAGAUCCAGAAGGAGGAGCAGCUGCUGAAGGAGCUGCAGGAGCUGCAGGUCCAGUAGACGCUCCAGGACACACCCCCUUUCCCAGCAGUCACUGCAGUGGCUUCAGUGAGGGGAGGAGCCUGUUCCACCUGUGGGAACACCUGCUGGGGGCGGGGCUCGUCAAAUGAAGUUGCUAUGCAACAAUUGUAUGUACAGUGUUCCUUUCAAAGUAUAAGUGUUCUGAUCUUGGGGUCCCGGCCCGGUCCGGUCCACAGAACCGUUUGUGUUCCCAUCACAGGUCAGCAGCGUUCUUCAGAGCGUCUGGACUCUCAGAGCGUGUGAAGGAGGAGUCUCGGUGCCGGUCGGCCGGCGUGGUUCGCUGUAGCGUCCGUCACAGCCGCCGGCGUCUCCGCUGACCUUCACAUGUUCUCUGAGUCCUUUUUGGUUGUUUUCCUCAUUCCUCGGUUAGAAACGUCUGGAUUCUGAGACUCGAGUUUUCCAGACAGAAAUGUGACGAAUGGAACAUGACAUGAAUAAAAGCAUCAACUGAAACUCUUCCUGUAGUGGUUCACUCUACACAGGUGUGACAGUUUACCUGAGCUGCUCAGGUCUCUACUACAUCAUAUAUCUGUGCAGAAACAAACCUGCUAGAAACGGAACGAUAAAGAAUAGUGGAAGUAUCUCAUGUUUUGUGAUGACUCUGACAUGAAAUGAGGAAAGCUCCGGUCUUCCUUCAGAUACAGUUUCUUCAUGACUGACGGUCACCUGCUGUUUUCAGAAAGUUCCCAAAUUCCUUUAAAAAUUUACCAAAGAGGCAUAGAGCACGCGGAGGUCAAAGGUCAUGAGAAUCCUGAAUGAAGUGAAGAACGUUUCUGGUUCAGAUCUGAAGGAAACAUUUGAUCAUCUGCUUUUUACUGAAUUAAAGUUCCUCUUUUCUGGUGUUUUUUCCAAA